AUGGCACCGGAAUUCUCCAGCAAUUGGAAAAAAUUGCAAGCUGUGUUGCAACAAGAAUCCAAAACCACCGCGGAUAAAAAAAGGAAAGCCCGUCCUUCUCAGAGAACGCAGGAUAGCAUAGCGAAGCGACGAAGGUUGGAGGGAGUCUCGGCCAAACCAGCGACUGGCACAUUACGUCGCACCUCGAAUAAGCGCAGGAUGGGUGCCGCCUCCAGCUCUGGCAAUGUGGAAUCCACGGAACCCGAACCCACAACAUCAGCAGCUCUAGCACUAUGGGCCGAAGACAACGAAAUAUCCGCGAGGGACCUAGCAGAUGCUUAUGGGGGCAGUUUGAAGGAUCCUACAAUUCCCGGAUCCAAAAUCGAUGCCAUAAAUGGUGGAUUAUGCGAAGAUGUGGAGAUUGGGAAAUAUGUGGGCAUUGAUUGCGAGAUGGUUGGAGUCGGUGGUGAAGAGGAUCGGUCGGUUUUGGCAAGAGUUAGCAUUGUCAACUUCCAUGGAACACUUGUAUACGAUUCUUUCGUCCGACCGAAAGAGUUCGUCACAGACUGGAGAACCCACGUCAGUGGUGUGUCACCGAAAAAUAUGGCGACGGCGACGGAGUUUGACGAGGUUCAGGAGGCUGUUGCUACGAUCUUGAAGGAAAGAGUCAUCGUGGGCCAUGCUGUCAAGAAUGACCUAGAGGCGUUGAUGUUAAAUCACUCCAAAAGGGAUAUUCGAGACACUUCCAAGUUUCCUGGCUUCAGGAAGUAUACUGAGGGGAGGACACCCAGCUUGAAGAAGCUCGCCAAGGAAGUGUUAGGAGUGGAAAUCCAAGGCGGCGAGCAUUCCAGUAUUGAAGAUGCUCGAGCUACAAUGCUCCUCUUUAGACGCCACAAGUCUGCAUUCGAUGUCGACCAUGCUAAGCGCUUCCCGGUGCGCACUGCUGGUGCCUCAAGCUCUAAAUCCAACACGAAAAAGAAGAAGAAAAACAAGCGUUGA